AACUUAAUGAAGAAGAAGCUAAGCAGUUGAUAUAUGAAAAUAGUUAUUUUUAUGAUCUUCGAUGGGACAAUAAAGCGUCUGGUGGUCAGUUACCAUAUUAUUCUGGUGGUUCAAAAUGUACUCAGCAACAUAAAAAUAAAGAAUUAUGGGAGGCAGCACAAGGAUCAAUGA